GCGUGUGCAUUUGUCAACUCAGACGUCGUUUAACCUACCAGGACAACGGUCGACUCCGCGCUUCGCGCUUUAAGUAAGGUUUUCCACAGCUUUUCCAGUGCCAAGUGUGAAGUGAGUCAAACCGCAGUGCUAAAUGAAUCGCGAUUGGGGAAAUGUGAAGAGUCGUGGACUCUAAGAGUGCUACGACGUGUACAGAGACUCUGCAAUAAAAAAAACAUAAAUUGGCGAUGCCGCCGAAGCGUCGGAGAAGAUUCCAAGGCCUAUAUUACCAUUCAUCGCCACCCAAAGUAAUGCCGAUGAACGGACAAACAGGCGGCCUGAAUGGAAACAAGCGUCGCAACAACGAUGAUUUCUCGGUAAAGCUAUCCACCAUUCGUAUCUGGAUGCACGAAAAGGACAUUGGCAAACUGACACGCAUUCUGUGGGCGGGCCAAGGACAUCGCUUGUGCCAGCAGGCCAGCAAUAAUGGGCGUGUCAAGCGUUUCCUUGCCGCCGUGCCACAUGUUAUGAAUGCCAUUAAGGAUCUGCAUCAGGCGGUGAUCGAGAACAAUUUGGAAACAGUGCAGGCGCAGCUGGAGCCUCCCGUGCCCGCUGCCUUGGUGACCUGCAAGGACGGCAAUGGACUGAAUGUCAUCCACAAGGCCGCCGGCCUGGGCCACACCAAGAUCCUGGAGUAUCUGGUCGGUCUCUGGCCGGAGGGCGCCCACGAGAUGGACAUCACCGGCAAGACGCCGCUUCAUUGGGCUGCCAGUGCCAAAAACAACAUGCGCUGCUAUACCCUGCUCACCCAGGCGGGUUGUGACGAGGAGGCCCUCGACUAUAAAAUGAAGACAGCCUCGUACUACCGCCACAAGCCGCACGAAAUCGAGCGGGCUUUCCUCGUCUAUGUCCCGGAGGCACCGCGCGUCUCCCCCGAGAGCAUCACUGACUGGGAGGCCUUGAGCAAUGAGAGUGGCGAGAAUAGUGCCGGAGGCGAUGCGGGCAGCAAGAAAUUGGACAUUAAAAUGACACCGGCUGUGAAUGGACGUAAAUCGCUGGACGACAGCAUCGAGAACACUUCGGAGCUGGACACAAACGAUGGUACAAGUGCCAAUGAUGACGAAGAGGAUUUGUCCAAAGCGGAUUUGGAUGCGGAUGUAGAUCCGGUACCGGUUCCGCCGGAAGUAUCGCCAUUGCAGCGCAGACCGGAAACGCCGGCCACAUUCAACAAUGGCCACAUUAAUGGCGAUAUCGAAGGCGACACCGAAGACAGUGAGGCGGAGAAUAUUGCAAGAGCUAUAAGCGGCGGUAAAGAAGGAGAAGGUGGCCAGGGUGGAGAGGAGGAUCAAGAAAAACAGGAGGAACCGAAGGAACAGGAGUCUGCUGCAAGCGAGGAAUUGAAUGAUGAGCAGGAAAACCACGAUGAAAAUGUCGCAGAGAGUAAUGAUGUGGAACAGAAGGAGGAGGAGCAGCCUGCCACAGAGAGUGAGCCAGAAGUUAACGAAAAGACUGAAGAGGCGGAGCCAGAGAUGGAAGCAGAAGAGGAAGUGCCAGAGGCGGCAGUUGAAGAGGAAAAGAUCAUCAAGUUGGAGGAGCCAGUGGAACCAAUGACUGAGGAGAAGGAGAUACAGGAUCAGGAUAAUGUAGAGAAUGAUGAGAACGAUGACGAUGAUGAGGAUGUGAUAGCGCCAGUUACAAAGGACAGCCAGCCCCUGGAGGAGUCGCAGUCGAUAGGAGGAGAACCACCAACUGAACCGGAAACGGGACCUGACAAGGAUGGCAGCGAAUCCCUGACAUCGGCCAUGGCCAUCGAGGGCUUUGUGCAGGGCGCACCUGAGGAUUAUACAGUUCAGUCUCAAACUGCAAUUGAUGAAGAGGCACGCAUGAAGCAGAUCAUCGAAUCGGGGGACCUUGAGCAGCUGGCCGAGAUCGUGCUGAAUGGCGAGGGCGCUAGUCUGUUGAAUCUCAAGUCCAAGGAGGCGGAAAUACAAGCCUUUCUCAACAACGUGCCCAGCUACAUGGAGAAAAUCCAUCGCGUGCACGAUGCGGCACGUGACGGCAGUUUGCUGGCGCUGCAGCAGGCACUGGAUCGCCGGAAGUUUGCCAUUGCAAAGGACGACAUAUCCCCCAAUGGCUCCACGGCCCUGCACGUGGCCGUGCUCUUUGGACACACGGACAUCGUUCGGUAUUUGGCUUCGCGUUUUCCGGAGACCAUGACAAUUACGGAUAAUGACGGACGCACGCCGCUUCACUAUGCAGCCACGAUUAAGGACAAUGGCCAUUUCUACAACAUGUUAUCCCAGCUGGGCGGCAAUUCCAAGGCACUGGACAAGCUGGGCCACACGGCCGAGUUCUAUUUGGACAAGGAGAAGGCGAAGGAUAUCCUCAACUACACCGAGCUGCUCAAUCUCUUUGGGGCCGAGGAGCUCGAGAAUCAGUUGCUCAACGAUCAAGUUCCCGACGAUCUGCACAGUGCCCGGCGAGAGCUGCAGGAUGGUGAGAUCUCACGCACUCUGGAGCGCUGUUACAACGUGAUAGCGGAAUCGGGAAAGCUUUUGAGCGCCAGCACGGCCUCGGCCCUGUCGCACAGGAAGCCACUGAGCGCCUCAUCGCUGCAGCUGUCGGUGACCAGCUUCCUGAGCCGCUUCCUCAAGCGUGCCGUCUACGAAAAGAUCAAGCGCCGCCAGACGCGACUCGACCACAAUCUCUUCGAUGUUCUGUGGCCGGCGAUGCGCAAGACCUCGAAGGCCCGCCACCUGGAGGAGGACAUCAACUGUGGCAUUAUCGCGCCGGACUAUGAUGUAUUUGUGGUUUUCCAGGAGUUCCUGGUGCCGCUGCUCAAGGACAUGCACUGCCUAUGCAUCGAUGCCGACUUUAAGCCGCAGCCGCGUCUCGCCUACUUUCCCAUGGAGAACGGGGAUCGACUGAACACGGCCGCCUUCGUCUACGACGAUGAGUCAAUUCUGGUCACGCGUUGCAUUGUGGAGGCCUCGCGCAAUCUCGACCAGCUGGAGCUUCCCCUGAACCUGACCAUUGGCCAGUUGGAGCAGGCCGAGCGCCUCAUGAUGGGCAAGAUAUUCACGACCAGCUUUGCGGAUGCCAUUGGGGAGACGGAGUCCGGCAAUUACUAUACCCUCACGGAGCUGCUCGAGCCCGACUCGGAGGUGACCCUAAUGCUCAGCAGUUUGGGUCUGAUGAUAUCCCUGCUGGACACCAAAGACCUGGUGCAGGCAGCCGAGUCGACAGCAUUUAAUGGUGCCCUCUGGCCCUAUGGCCGGGGCGUCUUUGUUAAUUCCGCCCACAACAUGGCCGUGUGGCUGAACUGCCAGGAGCAUUUGCGCGUGAUCUCGACGACGAGCAGCAAGGAUCCGGGCGAUAUGGGAGCGGCCUAUACGCGGGUGGGACGAGCCGUGACCUAUCUGGAGACGCAGCUGCACUUUAAGGAGAGCUAUCUGCUCGGAUAUUUGCAAUCUAGGCCAGCCUUCCUGGGCACAGGCCUCAAAAUGACGACGAUCGUGAAGCUGCCCAAUCUGAUGAAGGAGAUGGACAACCUAAGGCACCUGUGCGCCGUGCGAGGGCUCAGCAUGGUGACGAACCGCCUGUCCAAGCUCACGGUGCGGCUCAUCAAUAUGCAGAGCAUGGGCAUUGUGGAGUAUGUGCUGUUCCAGGACUAUUGCACCGCCGUAACCAAUAUACUGUCCCUCGAGAAGGACAUGUCGCUGACAAACUCCAAGCACAUUGCCACCAUGCUGGUGAAGAUCUUCAAGCGCAAGAAGAACAGCAUUGUGGAUCGCAAUUGAGCCUCCGGCGAAUAGGAUGGGAUGUGAUGGGAUAGGUCCCCAUACCCCCAAUGUACAUAACAUACAUGCUCGUACUCGUACCCGUACCUACUGUUAUCUUAGAAACAUACUUAUAUAGAUCCUAACUUGAUCGAUUCUUGACUCUUGUGUGCCCAGCAUUGCCAUCAAUAUCCACCUACUCCUCCGCUUACGCUGAGCUUCUUCGUACGCCGCACAUAUUCCAAAUUCCG